AUCGCAGCUGAUGUAGUUGGACUCCGCCGGAGAAGUAAGACUGCGUCAGCUGGAGCAUCCGCAAGAUCUGCACGACCUGCAAGCUCUUCAAUCAUCGCACACAAUCUCGGCAUCCGAGACGGUGGCCUGCAACCCCACCCCCCCUUCCCACAAGGCAGACCUCUUGCCUGAUUUGGCCCUGGCUUCCAGUCGCUGCUUCUGUGCAGUCCGGACCAGCGCCUUGACAGGGUAGUGGGUUUACGCGUUGCGACUUGGCUCUGAUCGAAGUUGCGGGCUGCUCGUCCUCGGCACCAUUUCUUCACCUCGACUGUGGACACUUGCCGAUUUGGAUGUAGGAUUGCCUCCAAGGUCUCGCAGUGAGCGUUUGUGUUUUUCCGUUUCUUUGUUGUUGCAGUUCACGCAUCGAAUCCCCCAGUGGUUCAGUCGGUUCGUGGGCCCUCGCUUGCACCUUCCCAACUGGUCUUUUCCUCGUAGCAGCUGCGCAUCAGGAUUUUCAGAAGCCAAGUCCAAUUUUCCGUGGGGUUUUCUAGCAAGUUUUGGGGGAGAGCUUUGGGAGAUAGUGACACCAGCCAUGGCGACACUUCAAAAACCAGCUCCAGAGAUGACAGCAACGGACCGAGCUGCACACAGCGCCGAUGCCGCCCAAGUGGAAGCUGGUAAGAAUGUGGCCUCGGAAAGUCACGAGCCAGUUGUGGUGACCGGAGAGGGCAGCAAUGGCAUGGCAGUAGCAGCUCGACAUGAUACUCAUCACCACCACAGCAGUAAUAGUGGCUUGUCGGGGCACACUGAAGAAGAACUCGCGCACCUGCGUCUCCGCACGCAGGUCACCCACGAAGGAGAAGCUUACUGCCCCAAUCCCAAUCUUAAAGAUCUGCCCAAGGAGUUUGAGACCAGAGUGACGGUCAUCCAAAGGUACCCUGAGAUGCGAACAGUGGAGAAAACCGAAUAUGUCAAGGAGAUUCACCAUGAAGAGCGCAUAAUCAUUGUACCGAAGACAAGAGUUAUCAUGGAAGAGGUUUGCCACGUUGAUCGUGUCCCAGUGGUGAGGGAGGUGGCCAAGACUAGAAUUGAAACUUUCCACAGAGUGAUCACCGAAGAGCGAGAGGUCACAGAAAUGGUGCCAGUGAUCGAGUACGUGGACGUACCGAGGAUUGAGCAGGUCCCCCGCGUUGUGGUCGAAGAGGUGGAGGAGAAAAUCUCGGUUCCAGUGGUGAGAGAAGUGCCAGUGACGCGUUUGGUCGAAGUGCCGACUGGAAACUACUGCGAGGCACCUGCUGGCGAAUUCAUAAACCCAGGCCACUUCAACCUUUUGGGCCACAAGCACCACAAGCACAAAUCCAAGAGUCACAGUGGCGGUUUACUUGCAAAGCAAACGAGGAGCAGCUCCUCGUCGUCUUCCUCUUCAUCCUCGGAUGACGAAAAGAGGGGCGAAGGCUUGGUAGCUGUUGAACCAACGGACCAUCACCACGCUGAUGGAACCACAACAGUGGACCCGUCCCAUUCCAAGAGGAAGAACUUUUUGCAACGAAUUAUUCACCACUAGACAAAGCCCUCUACUUCUGAUUUGUACGCAGAAGCAACUUCUCAGCUUAUCCGCACGUUUUCAAAGAACUCCACCCAUGUCACGCGAGAUGCACGGCCUUCAUGUUGGUAGGACUCGAAUGAAGCUGGUAAUUCAUCGCACUGGAGAUAGAUACUUUCACGUCGAUAGAGACCUUCAGUUGCAUGUCGAUCUUAUAUUAUUUGUAUAAUGGACAAUUCUUGUAUACUUCGUUGAUUGAGAGGCUGUAAAACAUGCUUAUGCCCAUUUCUUGUUACUGUUCCAAGCUGUGCGGCGAGUUUCAAGGUGUGAUAGUGUUCAAUAAAUUUUCGACAUUUAUACGGCAUCCAACAAUACUUUGUUGGACUCAGUUUGUUCCCAAA